GGUUUUGGUUUGUCAUCGUCCCAAGCCAAAGUUUUGGUUUUGUUUGUCACGUUUGAUUGAAUUAAUCCAAUGUCCGUUCUUGCUCAGUUCCUCGUCAGAUCCAAAUGGUGAGACAACCUUUAUCGAAGAAAGCUAACAGAUACCUCAGAAAAUUCAGGAAAUGGCCACACUCUCCUUACAAGACCUCAUGGCACCACAACUUUGGUCAAGAACAAGCCAUGCAAAAGCUCAAACAAGCAACCCUUGAAAUGGGUUUUUCUCAGGAACCUCAAACAGCUAACCUUCCCCACCCUUUUCUUCUCUCCACUCUCCUUGACUCAUUCAAAGCUUAUAGCUGUGACCCAAAUCCAAAAGCUUACUACUUUGUCAUCAAAACCUUAACCAACACCUCCCAGUUGCAGGACAUUCCUGCUGUCCUUGACCACCUUGAACACUUGGAGAAGUUUGAAACUCCAGAGUCUAUCCUUGUGUACCUUAUUAAGUUCUAUGGUCUUUCUGACAAGGUCCAAGAUGCUGUGGAUUUGUUUUUCAGGAUCCCCAGGUUCAGGUGCACACCAACUGUUUGCUCAUUGAACUUGGUUCUCUCACUGCUUUGUAGGAAGAGAGAGUAUCUCAAAAUGGUUCCCGAGAUCUUGCUGAAAAGCCAGCAUAUGAACAUUCGUAUUGAGGAAUCGACAUUUCGGGUUUUGAUCAAGGCCUUGUGUCGAAUUAAGAGGGUGGGUUAUGCCAUUAAGAUGCUGAAUUGUAUGAUAGAAGAUGGGUAUGGUUUGGAUGAGAGAAUAUGUUCUUCGAUAAUAUCAUCAUUGUGUGAACAAAAGGAUAUGACCAGUGUUGAGGCUUUGGUUGUUUGGAGGGAUAUGAGGAAACUAGGAUUUUGUCCUGGUGUCAGGGAUUAUACAAACAUGAUUAGGUUCUUGGUGAAGGAAGGGAAGGGUAUGGAUGCUUUGGAUGUUCUGAACCAGCAGAAACAAGAUGGAAUUAAGCCUGAUGUUGUAAGUUAUACUAUGGUCUUGAGUGGGCUUGUAGCAGAGGGGGAGUAUGCAAAGUUAGAUCAAUUAUUUGAUGAAAUACUUGUGUUUGGAGUCGUUCCUGAUGUUUAUACUUAUAAUGUGUAUAUAAACGGUUUGUGUAAGCAGAAUAACGUUGAUGAGGCGCUUGAGAUUGUUGCUUCUAUGGAAGAGUUAGAAUGCAAACCAAAUGUGGUUACUUGCAAUACUUUAUUGGGUGCCUUGUGUGCAGCAGGGGAUUUAAGUAAGGCAAGGGAGGUAAUGAAGGAAAUGGGGUGGAAAGGUGUUGGGCUCAACUUGCAUUCAUACAGAAUCAUGCUUGAUGGUUUGGUUGGGAAAGGUGAGAUUGGUGAAGCAUGUUUUUUGUUGGAGGAAAUGUUGGAGAAGUGUUUCUUUCCUAGAUCUUCAACCUUUGAUAAUAUCAUUUUUCAGAUGUGCCAAAAGGACUUGAUUGCUGAAGCAAUAGAAUUGACCAAAAAAAUUGUUGCGAAAAGCUUUGUUCCCGGGGCCAGGGCUUGGGAAGCACUGCUUCUUAAAUCAGGAUCUAAACUUGGGUUUUCAGAAAUCACAUUUUCUGGUUUGUUGGGCCAAAAUUAGUCUCAGUUGUCAAACUGGCUCAGGUAACAGGUCUGUUAUUGAACCAUAUCAGCAGUUAAGAAACUCUAUACGUGAUGAAGUCAUCAAUCGGCAUAUGGAAAACAAACCUUUAACAGUAUGUUUGGACAACGAAUUUUAAUAGAGUUAUUCAGUUUUUUAGCGAACUUUAGAAUGCUACGUGGUUAAAUACUUUCGUUGGCUACUCUACUUGUUGGCUACUGUACUUUGAAAGAAUUUCAAAUCCCAGUAAUUUUAAUAGGUAUUUUUUAUUAACUUUAAUAAUAGAAUUUUAAAUUUCACUAAAAAGAAUUUGGAAGUUUUCAUUUGCUCUCUCACGGUGCGCUUGUUCUUUCUCGCUUGCUACCACCCUCUCUGGGUUCACAGCCCUAUGCUCUCUCUCCUUCUCUCUCUAUCUCACUCAGACCGUUCAGAGUCCUCUCGUUCAUGCAGUCAUGCCAGGUUCAUCUCUCUCGAUGUUCAUCUUUGUGCAUUUCAUCUCUACUAGAUAUCAGAUUUGUUCCUUCAAUUUGUUUUUCGUUUUUUUAUUUCAUUGUUGUGUUUCAAUUUUGAUUGCAUUGUAUGCUUGUUUGAUAUAAUUGAGAUAUUCUCGCCAAUUGCAAGUUUUCCACAAUUAGA